GUCCCCGCAGGCCUGACGAGGCCGAGGAAGCCGGGGCCUAGCUGAGGCGGAGAAGGCCGGAGGAGCUCUCGCCGCCCGGGCCCCUCCGAGAGCCCGUUCCGCCACCUCGGCACUCGCCUGCCCACCCACCCCAACCGCCCACCCACCCCCGGCCCCGGCGGUCCCGAGCGGGGCCAUGGCAUCGCGGACGGGGUCCCGGGCAACCUCCCCCGGCGGGGAAGAGGACGGCUCCGUCCUGCUGACCAAGGAGGAGCUGGAGGCCCUGCGCUCGGCCUUCGAGGCCGGGGACCUGCCCCAGGCGGCCUCCAAGCUGCGGGAGCUGCUGGCCCCGGCCGAGCCGGGCCAGCUGCACGUGGGGGUGACGGGGGAGUCGGGGGCGGGCAAGUCCUCCCUGAUCAACGCCCUGCGGGGGCUGGGGGCCGAGGACCCCGGGGCGGCCCGCACCGGGGUGAUCGAGACCACGGUCCAGCCGACGCCCUACCCCCACCCGCAGCUGCCGGGGCUGACCCUGUGGGACCUGCCAGGGGCCGGGACGCCGGGCUGCCCGGCCGACUGCUACCUGAAGCGGGUGGACUUCGGCCGCUACGACUUCUUCCUGCUGGUGUCCCCGCGGCGGUGCGGGGCGGUGGAGACGCGGCUGGCGGGCGAGGUCCUGCGCCAGGGCAAGCGCUUCUACUUCAUCCGCACCAAGGUGGACGAGGACCUGGCCGCCUCGCGCAGCCAGCGGCCGUCCGGCUACUGCGAGGGCGCGGUCCUGCAGGAGAUCCGGGACCACUGCUCCGAGCGCCUGCGCCUGGCCGGGGUGGCCGAGCCCCGCGUCUUCCUGGUGUCCAACCUGGCGCCGGCCCGCUUCGACUUCCCGCUGCUGGUGGCCACCUGGGAGCGGGAGCUGCCCGCCCACCGGCGCCACGCCGGCCUGCUCUCCCUGCCGGACGUCAGCCUGCGGGCCCUGCAGGAGAAGAAGGACGCCCUGCAGGACCAGGUGCUCAAGGCGGCCCUGGUGUCCGGCGUGAUCCAGGCCCUGCCCGUGCCGGGCCUGGCCGCCGCCUACGACGACGCCCUGCUGGUCCGCUCCCUGCGGGGCUACCACCGCAGCUUCGGCCUGGACGACGACUCCCUGGCCCGGCUGGCCGAGCAGGUGGGCAAGUCGGCCGGGGACCUGCGGGCCGUCAUCCGCUCGCCCCUGGCCGCCGAGGUCUCCUCGGACGCCGUCCUGCGCCUCUACUCCCAGGCCUCGUCCGGGGCCAUGCGGGUGGCCCGGGCCUUCGAGAGGGGCGUCCCCGUGUUCGGGACCCUGGUGGCCGGGGGCAUCUCCUUCGGGACCAUCUACACCAUGCUGCAGGGCUGUCUGAACGAGAUGGCCGAGGACGCCCGCCGCGUACGGGUCAAGGCCCUGGAGGACGCCACCGCAGAGCGCGAGCCCGGGGCCGGCCCGGACGAGGAGUCCGGGGCCGGAUCCGACCGGGACCCCGGGGCCGCCGACGCCUGGGCCCUGGGCCUCGACGGCCGGGGGGCGGGGGGCGCCGGCGGAGAGGGCCGGGGGGGGCCCCCGCUCACCAUGCGGAGGAAGCUCGGCCUCAUGCUCAAGUACUUGCUGGAGGCCUGGAAGAGGAGGGACGCGGCGGAUGAGAAAUAAAAGAGAGAGCAAGAGAGAGAGAGAGAG